UGUUUUGCAAAGUAAAGAUGGUUUGAAAAGGGAGAUUAGAAAAUGAGUGUCCAGAUAAGGAGAGAAGAAGCCCUGGUGGCACAGUGGUUAAAGUGUUCACCUACUAACCAAAAGUCAGUGGUUCAAGCCCACCAGCUUCUCUGCAGGAGAAAGGUGUGGCAAUCUGCUUCUGUAAAGAUCAUUACCUUGGAAACCGCAUGGGGCAGUUCCACUCUGUUCUAUAGGGUUAAUAUGAAUUUGAAUCCACUCAACGGCAGUGAGUUUAGUUUUUUAAGUUGCUGUGGAGAAGGAGAUGAAAUAAGCUGAAUCAAUCCUGGGUGCUGACUGCUAUGUCUAUGGUUAAAAUCAUGGAAGAAAAAGAACAUGUAAAUUUCAACUGAGUUACUUUAUUUUUCGUAACAUUAAAUUUAUAUUUAGUAGUGAUUUUUAAACUUAGAAGUAAUUUUCUUCCAGUUCUGACAGAAUUCAGAAGAAAUUUAACCAUGAGAAACUAUACAAUGGUAACAACAUUUAUUCUUGUUGGACUAACCGAUGAUCCAAACUGGCAAAUUGUGACUUUCUUUUGUCUACUUCUAACAUAUUUAUUGAGUGUCACUGGAAAUUUGACAAUUAUCCUGCUCACUGUAUUGAAUUCCCAACUCAAAACACCCAUGUAUUUCUUUCUUAGGCAUUUUUCAUUUUUAGAAAUGUCAUUCACAUCAGUCUGUAUCCCGAGGUACCUGGUCAGCAUUGUGGCUAUGGAUAGUACAAUUUCCUAUGAUGCUUGUGUAACACAAUUGUUUUUUGUCAUCUUCUUGGGUGCAUCAGAGUUCUUCCUGUUGACUGCCAUGUCCUAUGACCGCUAUGUGGCCAUCUGCAUACCCCUUCACUAUGCGACAAUAAUGGAAAACAGAGUUUGUACCCAGCUGGUUGUUACCUCUUGGUUGGCUGGGCUGUUAACAAUCUCUCCUGGGCUUAUCAUGUACUUAAGGUUGGAAUUCUGUGAUGCUAAUAUCAUUGACCACUUUGCCUGUGACUAUUCUCCUAUCCUGAAACUCUCCUGCACAGACACACGGUCCAUAGAAUUGUUAGGUUUUAUUUCAGCCAUUGUCAUACUGCUGGUUACAUUGGCACUGGUGACACUCUCCUAUGCAUAUAUUCUGAGAACAAUUCUGAAGGCUCCUUCUGCCCAGCAGAGGAAGAAGGCUUUUUCCACCUGUUCCUCCCACAUGAUUGUUGUCUCUAUCUCUUAUGGCAGCUGCAUUUUUAUGUAUAUGAAACCUUCUGCAGAGGAGAGGGUCACUUUAAACAAGGGGGUUGCAGUGCUCAACACUUCAAUUGCACCUCUCUUAAAUCCUUUCAUAUAUACCCUAAGGAAUAAACAAGUACAACAAGCCCUGAAGGUUACAGUUCAAAAAUGUAUCACUACCUUAAAAAAAUAG